AUGGAUCUCCCCUCUUCUACUCCCAUUUCCACCAUCUUGCUUGCUUUACUUUUACUCUUCCCAGGUGGUGUUCUCGGAGCUACAUUCACAUUUGUCAACAAAUGCGAUUACGCAGUAUGGCCAGGUAUACUUGCCAAUGCCGGAACUCCAUCUCUUGACACCACUGGCUUCGAGCUCCCACAAGACACUUCUCGUUCCUUCCAAGCUCCCACCGGCUGGUCCGGUCGUUUCUGGGGAAGAACCGGCUGCAACUUCGACGGAUCCGGCUCCGGUUCAUGCCAAACCGGCGAAUGCGGUUCUGGUCAAGUGGAAUGCAACGGAGCAGGAGCCGCGCCGCCGGCAACACUGGCUGAGUUCACUCUAGGUACAGGAGGCUCCGACUUUUAUGAUGUGAGUUUGGUGGAUGGGUACAAUCUAGCAAUGAUAGUGGAGGCAUCGGGUGGGUCGGGUUUGUGUGCAACCACCGGCUGUGUGAACGACUUGAACCAGCAGUGCCCGAGUGAGCUGCGCGUGGAGUCGGGUCAGGGAUGUAAGAGCGCGUGUGAGGCUUUUGGAAGUCCGGAGUACUGUUGCAGCGGCGCGUACAAUACACCGGCCACCUGUAAGCCGUCGGUGUAUUCGCAGAUGUUUAAGUCGGUUUGCCCUAGAUCUUAUAGCUAUGCUUAUGAUGAUCCUACUAGCACCUUUACAUGCGCCGGAGCUGAUUAUACGGUGACGUUUUGUCCUUCUAUGCCAAGCCAGAAAUCUUCACGAGACACAUCUCCAUCUCCUCCGUCGACCACCACCACUGAUGGUAACGCUAACACCACCCCAAGCAUAGAAUCUGGAUAUGGAUACGGUUCAAUGACCGGGUCGGGGUCAGAAGGAUCUGGAUCAGUAUCCGGGACGGGUUCAGAAGGAUCUGGAUCAAUAUCCGGGUCGGGUUCAGAAGCCCUUGAGGCUAAUGGGUCAUGGUUAGCUGGUUUAGCUAUGGGUGGGUCCACAAGGACUCAGCCUUUGUAUGCCACGCUCUCUUUUAUGAUUCUCCUUCCCUUUUUAUUUGGCUAGCUUUUUCUCCAGAGCUGAAAUAUUCUAAAUCCAGAACAUGGUACAAGCUUCAAUGAAUAACGUACAAGAUGCUAUGAGGGCAAUUGUUUGAUUUUUGUUAUUUUAGCUCUGGAAGAGAAAUUCUGACCAAACUGGAGAUGGGGCAAAUAUAAUUGGACGAUAUUGACCUUGUUGUAUGAAGGAGAAGGAGAAGGAGGUAGAUGUGAGGGUGAUAUUUUCUAAUAACGUUUGUUCUUAAAAGGAGAUGUAUCGUUUUGUGGGAAAGUUGUAAUGUAAAAACAUUUUUUAGGUUUGGUGAUUUAUUGAACGUUGAUAAUGGGAAAAAAAUGGCUUAUAAACUA